AUGAAUACUUACCCGCAAACAAAGUUGAUCUCGACACUUCUAUCGCUGCCAUUCAUGAAGCCUCGGAUUCCAGUCUCGCCUUCAGCAUCAGCUCGUCGUCUCGAUCUAGGGUUCCUCAAACUGGGCACCUUUUGGAUGCUCCAAGUUGGCAACAUCAUCCAGAGCUUCGGCUACUUCUUACCAACAACUUAUCUUCCAACCUACUCAACAAGUACAAUCGGGCUGCCCCCGGCCAUGGGGACUAUGCUCGUUUCGCUCUUCAACGCCACCGCUGUAGUCGGUGGCAUUACACUAGGAAUGCUUUGCGACCGCUUCGCUGUCACUAACAUCCUACUCCUCUCAUCUUUAGGAUCAGCGUUGUCUGUAUUCCUCUUUUGGGGAAUGGCAUCGUCUUCAGAUGAUGGUCCAUCACAGACGGCUUUAGCUUUGCUUACCGUCUUUUCGAUAUUCUAUGGUUUCUUUGCCGGUGGAUUUAGUUCUACCUGGUCGGGCAUCAUUACGAAAAUCAAAAGUGACUCUUCUUCCUCGAUGGAAACGGGGUUGGUGUUUGGCCUGCUUGCUGGGGGCAGGGGAAUUGGAAAUGUUAUUAGUGGACCUCUCAGUUCCGUAUUGAUUCGACAAGGUUCAAUCGGUGACUCCCAUGAUCAAGAACCUGGAUCUGGAUUUGGAACUCAAUAUGGCGCUCUUAUUUUGUUUACUGGAAUCACGGCAUUGCUCGGAGCAUGGGGCUGGAUGUGGCGGUAUAUCAGUCCAGCGAUGCGUUGCACGAGUUGA